GGGGCCUCAUCAUGGUUUAUUUUACAACAAAGUAAGUCACGCUACUAUCAGAACUUGUCAAGGCUUCCAUCAGGGCAAGAUGUUCACUGUUGUCGUAUUAGCCGGUUUUAUUGGCAUCGCUCUCGGACAAAGCGUUCCAUGUGGCGUGCCAACUGUUACCCCGAUCACAAACAGAAUUAGAGGAGGUCAGGAUGCGAUUGCUGGUUCCUGGCCCUGGAUGGUGCUUCUGGUAGAUGACCUUGGCUAUAUUUCCGGUAGCGCAUUCGUCCUCGGCAAGCACACACUUCUAACCUCGGCACAACAUUUUGAAGGCACAAACUACCAUCUUGCUGAUAUUGACCUUCCAAACUGGUCUAUGUAUCUCGGAUCACACAGUAUUAAAACAGAAGCCCAGCACGAGAGAAACUACACCAUCAAGUCCGUGACAGUGCACGAGAGCUUUGAUGCAACCACUUUAAAGAACGACAUUGCCCUCAUUUACACGAAUGAGGAAAUUGUUUACAAUGAGCACACGAAACCUAUCUGUCUACCAAAUCCAGGUCACCAGUACCAUGUAGGUCAAAUGUGCUAUCUUGCCGGGUGGGGAGACACCGGAAAUGACCAAGACGAGGUAUUAAAACAAGUCGGUUUACCCAUUUUGGCAGACAAUGUGUGCUCUAAACACUGGCAAGAUUAUUUAUCGGCAACAGAACUUUGUGCCGGUUAUGAAAGUGGUGGAAAAGAUUUCUGUGGUGAUGAUAUUGGAAGUCCACUUAUGUGCAAGGACGAUUCAGGCGCUUGGUUUGCUCAAGGAAUUGCAUCAUCCGGCGGAGACUGUACCGCCGCCGACGAGCCUGGAAUAUUCGAGGAUGUCUCCAAAUACACUCAGUGGAUCAAAACCCAUAUGACAGCUGCCGGUUAUCCAUACGAAUAUUAAAAUGACAUUUAUUUAAGAGUAGGAAAUAAAAUAUUUUCAAAUCUAAA